GAUACGCUUAAAACAGCCCGUCUUAUACACCGUAGCCACACUUUGUACCAAGCUUUCUGGGGUUGCAGGCAAGAUGAGAGGUCUACUCGCCCUAUUUCUGGUCGCGACCGCGCGGGCUAUGCCUGCUUUCGACCAAGAUGCGAAAGAACAAGGAUUGAUGACUAGCGUUAUGGGAGUUGUCAAGGAGUGUGCUGAAAAUGACGUAUCCUUGUGCUUAAAGGAGAAGGCAUUGAAAUAUGUUGAAUCGCUGUCGACUGCUAGGGAGAUGGAUUUAGCUGAUGGAGUAACACUUCUUGGUAAUGGAUCCCCGAGAUCGGCGAGGGCUUUCGAACCGUUGUCUGAUGAACCUCAGGCGAGAGAAGCUCAAGUAGAAUCAAGACUAUUGGAUUCCGCUGCUGACUUCUUGGAGAACCAUGUCAUACAGUUCAAGCUGCCUUCAUCAGCUGUCGAAGGCAUGAAGCGAUCUUUGGAAGAGGCUCGUGGCAAAAAGAAGAAGCUUAAGCAACUCAUCCCACUCUUGGCGAUCGCUAAACUGAAGAUCAUGGCGCUCAUUCCUCUCUUCUUGGCUAUCAUCGCCUUCGCUGCUGUCAAGGCUCUCCUCCUCGCCAAGAUCUCACUUCUCGUCGCCGGUAUUAUCGCGUUGAAGAAGCUUCUAGCAAGUAAACACCAUGAAACUAGCUACGAAGUUGUUGCUCAUCCUCAUCACGAAGAACACUUCGCCAGCAGUGGUCACGGCUGGGGUAGAUCAAUCGAUGAUGCUCAGAACUUGGCGUACUCCGGUCAUAUUAAAUCUGAUUAAACGAAGUCAUAGAUAAGCAAUAACGAUAUCGAUAAUUUAAAAGUAAAAAUGUGUCGACGUGACGUAAAUUGUCUCCCCGCGGUGGUAUUUCUAACCCAGUAUAACUUAUUCCUACUAGAAAUGAGUGUAUAUCUUUCUUACAGACCUCCUUGUCGGAGUUCUAAUGCACUUUAUUAGUUAAAAAAAUGUCUGUUUUUAUGUCAUUGUCAGGUUUCUAUGCAUUUUGUUGAUUUUUAUACUGAUAUCGUUUAUCGAAUAAGGCUUUAUCUAGAGGCUUGUAUCAUAGUAACUUAUGAUAGAUUUAAGAGAAUAUUUAUUUAACUAUUUAUUCAAAGUUUUGAUGGAAGAUGUAGAAUAAGAUUGUUGUUGUUUUCAUAAAUUUUGUUCUGAAUUUGUAUGAUCUUGUAUGUAUACUAUAUUAGUAUUUUAACCCAAUACGGUAUCCGUAUUCGUGUUUCAUACAAAUUGUUGUAUGUAUAUGUAUUGAUAUUAUUCUAGUCCUAUAUUCUCAUUAUUUGAAUUAUAGAUAUUUCUAUCCACCUGAAUAUUAUUUAAGUAUUUUGUAUAUAUUGUAAAUAUAUUUAGUUUAACUUUUAAUUAUAUAUUUGUUUAUAUUUAUGUUUUAAUUCUUGCUAUUCUAUAUUUCUUUUCCUGUCAUAAUCUAAGUAAAUAUAUAUCGUAAAUAUAUGUACAACUUCACAAAUAUAGUAUAUGUUAAUAUAUAGAUUUGUUAUAUACUUAUUUUGCACGCAUGUUACAAAUAUUGUUUCCCAUUUCUUGUUAUGCACAUAUUAUUUUCGCACAAGAAGAAUCGUACAAAUAAAGAACU